AGAAAAGAUGAAAGGGUUAUGGCGCGAAGAUGUCAAUAAUAAAGCCAAAGAAUUAGAGUCCAAACUGCGUCAAUACAAAGAAAAGAUCUCGAAAGACGAAACGCACAUUGCCGAAUUGAGUUCUCAGCUGUGGGAGACAAGUGAUCAACUGCUCCGUAUGCAAAACAAAUACCAGAGAAUGAAGAAGCUGUAUGAUGAGGUGCGAUCGAGCUAUGAUGCAACACAUAACGUAGUCACACAUACAUCGUCUGCUAAAAGCCAAGAAGGAGGAGUCACUCAGUUGAUGCGUUUCCACUAGAAUCGAAAGAGAGGGACACUGAUACUCAGACAUUUCUAAUGGAUCUCCAAGUUGAGUCUGCGAGUGGCAAUCCUAGACGUCGAAUUCUCCUGCCAUCGGGCAUGGGCCGAGUGUUGCCAAGUGAGCACGAGACGGGCGAGGUAUUCGACAACCGGAACCUGGCCGAGCUGAAGGAAGGCCGCCGCUACAACUUGAAUGCCGAGGACGACAGAAUGAGCAUCCUCAUGAUGCGCAACUCAUUCUGCCCGCCGCAUCUAAAGUCGUCCUAUCCGGCCGAAACACAAUUUCUCAUCCCCGACCGACCCAAAGAGAACGAUAUCAAGUGUGGUGGCGAAAUUGUCGCUCAGAGCUGUGCUGUCAAGAAGAAAGAAAGGACACAAGAAUGGAGCGGUCGCGAGUAUGUGUCACUUGGAGGUGAACAUUUAUUUUUUAAGGUACUGACUAUUUCCAUGCUGAUUCAUUAAAUCAAGAUAAUAUUUAUUGUAUGUUAAUAAUUGAUACUUUUAUAUUGGUAAAACAAAAAUGAUGUAAUUUUUAUUUGAGAAUUUUUUUUAACAUGCCUAAUACUUUGUGCAUAAUUUAAAAAGCGUUACCGUAUUGUUAACUGAGAUUGAUCUUUAAUACUACAUUUUGAAAUUAGCCGCUCCCCACAAUUCAAUGUAAGUUACAAAUUAUAUCAGACCAAGAUGAAAUCUUACUCAGCAUUCAAUUCUCCCACCAUCCAAGGUACACAUGGGAAAAAUAUAGUUUUAUUCAAAAAUAAGUAUGUAACAGUUAUUCCAAAUCCUCCAUACUUCAUUGCCCAAACCUGUAUAUUUCUGAGAAUAAUCGUUUUCCAUAAAAAGAAACUUAUUUUUUAGACAAUUUAGAUCUGUCAUUCACGUUAUGAUAACCGAAGAGGUUUGUCCAACACGAACAAAUUAACUAAUGCGUGUAGUCUCAACCUUCAUACCUGUGCAGGUAUACCGUUUUUCUGUAAACUACUAAUUUGGCGUUGCUAGCAUUAGUAUUUCUGGUGAGCUACUAACAAACCCAUCGUGAUCUGGAAGGCUUGCUAUUUAUAGAUUCCUUUACUCGGUUUGUUUACCGUAGCAUAUGAAAGCUCUUUUCAUUAUACAAUGUUAAAAUCAGUUUUGGGCGAAUGCCUGUUGUUUUUAUCUGGCUUGUAUCUAUUGUCUACGAAUAAAUAAAUAUAUCAAAUUUACAGAAUACCUGCACAGCUGUACAGUUAGACCUCUUCGAUUUAUAUUAACGUGAAUGGCCUUACGAAUAGGUGCUUAUUCUAAUCUUCCAUUACUGUGCUCUAAUAUUCAAAACCAAUCUAUCAACUUAGUUACAUUUCCAAAACUACACUAUCACCACAAGUAUAACCUAUAAUAUUGCUUAGCCCUAUCAUUCAUUUGACUCAAAUAAGUACUCAUCUCAUCCACAAUCAUUUACUUGAAUACUUGAUUACAAUGCAACACUCAAAUCGCUCAUGAAAUGAAAUAAUAUUAUGAGAAAAAUCAGUGAUCGAGAAUAAAACAGACGAGUGAACUAAAAUUAACUUAUAAGUCAUUACAAUUCCAUUCAAUGAUAUUCCAAGAGUAAAAUUACUUACAAUCCAAUUCUAUAAAUUACCGUACCAGUUAAAAUUUAGUUACCAGUCUGCAUUAGGUACACUAAACGACCGUCAAUAUCUUGC